AUCAUUCAGACCACUUGGGGGACUCGGGUAUCCCAGAUCCAGAUCAAGAGGAGGAGCCUCAGUGGAGGAAGUAGCUCCACAGCUUGGAUGUGUGCGUGUGUGUGUGUGGAGCAGUUACCUCCAUGGUGAGAGUGUCGCUAACCACUGGAUUGUUAAACGACAAGCAAAAAGACAUCCUCGGGAGGGAACCACACGCGGACUCGCACUCGAGGAGUUGAAGAUUUAGUUUUUGUACCCCCUUCGGUACAGGUUGAAGCGGUGCAGCCGGUCCAGAAGCGAGCAUUAUGCAUUCAGACUGCAGGCUGCUAUGGGCAGAGCGGUAAUGGUGGGCAGGGGACCGACAGGGGCCGGGGUUCUCGUCCUGUCGAUUCUCAUCAUUCUCACCACGGAAGGCUGUCGAGCGCAGAAAGGUGAUGGCUGUGGCCCCAGUGUGCUUGGCCCCAGCAGUGGGACUCUGUCCUCUCUGGGUCACCCGGGGACGUACCCGAACAACACAGUGUGUGAGUGGGAGAUCAGUGUGCCCCACGGAAACAGGGUCCACUUUCGCUUUGCCGAGCUGGAUAUAGAAGACAGCGACUGCCAGGUCAACUACCUCCGCCUCUACAACGGCAUUGGACCCGAGAGGAGUGAGAUUGUGAAGUACUGCGGUUUGGGUCUGAAGGUCAAAGAGCUGAUCGAGUCCACUGGCAACCAGGUCACUGUCCAGUUCAUGAGUGGGACCCACCACACCGGACGUGGAUUCUACCUGUCCUACUCCACCACUGAACACACAGAUCUAAUCACCUGCCUGGACAAAGGAACUGAUUUCCCUGAGGCAGAGUUCAGUAAAUACUGUCCAGCAGGCUGCCUGACAUCUACAGAGGAGAUUUCUGGAACUAUACCUAAUGGAUACAGAGAGUCCUCUCCUCUGUGUGUGGCAGCCGUCCAUGCAGGUGUGGUGUCCAACGCUGUGGGAGGGAGGAUCAGCGUGGUCAGCAGCAAAGGCAUCCCUCACUAUGAGGCCACACUGGCUAACAAUGUCACUUCCACUGGAGGAACUCUGUCAAACAGCCUCUUCACCUUCAGGACCAAUGGCUGCUAUGGAACGCUGGGUUUAGAGUCUGGUGGUGUCGCGGACACUCAGCUGUCUGCUUCCUCUGUGUGGGAGUGGAACAACAACAUUGGUCAGCACAGCGUGUGGGCGCCAUUAGGGGCACGGCUUAAAAAGGAGGGGCUGCCCUGGGCACCUUCUCAGAGUGACCAACAGCAGUGGCUGCAGGUCGAUCUCAAGAAGGAGAAGAGGAUCACAGGUGUCACCACCACUGGCUCUACCCUAAGAGAGUACCAGUACUUUGUUUCAGCAUACCGGGUCCUGUACAGUAACAAUGGCCAGCAAUGGUACAUCUACAGGGAAGCAAAUUCUACACAAGACAAGAUUUUCCAAGGCAACAUCAACUACCUGCAUGAGGUGAGGAAUAACUUCAUUCCUCCAAUUGAGGCCCGGUUUGUGAGGAUAAAUCCAACCCUAUGGCACCAGAGAAUUGCGCUCAAGUUGGAGCUUCUUGGCUGCCAAAUUCCUACAGCGAGGUGGACAGAGCCGCGGCCUGGGCCAAGGAUGUUACCCCCCUCUCGUCAUACACCACCUCCUGCGGGUACAAAACGCCCACCUCACCUUGGCCAAACCACACACACUCCAGACAUCAGAAACACCACUAUGCCUCCUCACACCGGCAAAGAUGUGGCGCUGGCGGCAGUUCUGGUGCCAGUGUUGGUCAUGGUUCUGACUGCUCUCAUCUUGAUUGUGGUUUGUGCGUGGCACUGGAGGAACAGGUAUGUAUUCACAUUAUCAUAUGAAGAACAAACUGUUUUGCCCUACAUGACCUUAUUUUUCUCUCUUCAUAGGAAAAAGAGCUCUGAAGGAACAUAUGAUCUCCCUCACUGGGAUCGCACAGACUGGUGGAAAAGCAUGAAGCAGCUGUUGCCCUCAAAGAUGGUGGAGACAGAGGAUUCAGUUCGCUACAGCAGCAGUGAGGUGGGCCGGCUAACAGGGAGAGGCGCUGUACCCAGACUACAUGCUGAACCUGCAGAAUAUGCUCAGCCCCUGGUGAGUGGUGUUACAACAUUAGGUGCCCGGUCAACCUUUAAACCAGACGAGGGGCCCGACCCAGGAUACUCGGAUCCUGACCUGUAUGAUGCCCCCAUUUCACCAGACGUAUACCACGCCUAUGCAGAACCCCUGCCAGCUUCGGGAUCUGAAUACGCUACACCCAUUGUGGUUGAUAUGGGUUGCCACCCAUCAGGGGGCUCCUCUUUGAACCAGCCUUCCACAGUGUGUAGUUUCAUGGGUGCCGGGCCGGCCUCCCUGCUCACACGGACAGACAGUAGCCAUUCAGGGAGGUCUGCUUAUGAUACACCCAAGAAUGCCACUGGACAGGUCACACCCACUGAGGAUCUGACCUAUCAGGUACCUCAGAGUAGCACUCAGAAGCCAACGGGACAGAGCUGAAGAAUCUGGAUGCACAUGGCCUUAAUCUGCCCCUCACUGCCAACACAACCCAAUGGACAAAGAUAGAGGGUUGUUAAAGGAGGAGGACGAGGUGUGACCCUGUGAGCCCUGGAGCCUGGGCUUGAGUCUUGAAUGAACACUACCUUAGCUUUAGAUUCAUCUGGAGAUGUCUGUAUUGCCUAAAUGUUUCUGCAUGGCCACAAUCUGCUUGUGUAGUGCCAUUACAGUCCUAUCACUGAAACCACAAAGAUGAAUGUGUUGUGCCAGGUGUGAGAAGCAGAGAUGGAGGGAGGGAGGAUGAAAAGGAGAAAGCUGACUACUAUUUGAUAAAGACUUUGUCUCUGUUCUGUGAUUCUUAGUAGUUCUUGCAUUCUGUGAAACUGUGAUUUCCAUUUAUCCAUUUUUAUUCUGUUACAUACUGAACCAGGUUCAACUGAAAUGUACAUGAUGAUUUACAUUCAUCAAAUCUAAGGGUUCUCUUACUGAAUUAAUUGCAUGUUGCAUUAAGUAGUACCCCACAUCCACGGUCAAAGAUUUCCUCCUUUCUAGAGUAACUCUAGUUUACCAAGGUACGUUUUGUCUUACUUUGUUUAAAAGCAUGACUUGAAAUUGUGUAUAGCUCUAGUAAUUCCAUUACUGCAAACCUGUUAAAACUGAUGAUUUACUGAUAUUUAUUUUUAUUUCACAUCCUGCUGAUAAGGAGAAACUCUAUAGCCUAAAGUAGAAAAAAUAGCCUACCACUACCCUCCCUGAUUACAGAUCAAAUACUUGUGGUUGCACUGUUGUGGAUGCCUUACUGACAAUAAGUAGUUUGAUUAACCUUGUCAGAGGUUGUAUGUUAACUUGAAAAGGCUGAUUGGGAGGAUCGAUCCAAUGAAAAUACUUUUUGUGAUAUUGAAGAUCAAAUUUUGCCUUUUCUGUGUUUUAUGCAAUGUUAAUUCACAACAGAACCAACUUUCACAAUUGUGCCAACAGCGCACAUUUAGCCAAAUAAACAUCAAAGCAGUCUUAAUGUAGGGAAAAACAGUUUUAAAGGCCUUGUUAGUUGAUGAUGCCCUAGCAAAAAGGUACAGAGAAAAGAGGUAGAUGGGUAAAUCUGUUACAGAUGAUAAUUUCAUAGAGUUUCCUGUGUGUUUGUCCUGAACAUUUAGAUUUUAUUUGUGCAUUGUGGUGAUUGUCUCAUGUUGAAAUGGGUGUUUGAUCUGUCCUAAUGCAGAGUGACUUGUUCCUUCCUUGUAUCUAUGUGCAUCAACAUCUGUAUGUGUGGUAAGCUGUUUCAAUAUUUCAGUCCUGUGUGUUGUUUUUUGGAUUGGUUUGGAUACGGCUUAUAGUUGUAGUAGGAUGUGUUCAGUAAUUGUCUGUAGCACCAGUAGACUGCAUUCCUCUUCUGUCCUCCUGUGGUACUAAUCUGACCAAACACUCUGUGGCAGGAGUGCAGAUGGAGAAAAAUGGAACAAGCUGCUUUAUAACAUUUCAGAAUAGCAACCUCACCUAUGGGGAAGGCGUUAUUCACACAGCUGUGCCACCAAUCAUGCUUUGAUUAUGCUCAAUAACCAAGGCAAUCUACAUACAUAGUUUUUGGUGCUCCCUGGUCACAGAGGGAUUGUGUUUAUGUGGCUCUCACUGAUUGUAUAUAGAGAAAUAAAGAGUUUUUAAAAGAA